AGAAGAUGAUAGGUUAAGGAGUUGUACUUGAACACAAACUCUAGCUUGCUCGACAUCUCGGAGAUUAUUGAUCUACUGAAUGUGCUUAGAAAGUGAGAUGUCUGUAUUUCAUUUGUUUUUGAUAUUCUUUUUUUCUACGAUACAAUAUCAGCCUUCUUCCAGUAAAUACUCUAUUGUCUGUUUAAAAAAAUUUGAUUCUGUCCAGCUUUUUCUCUUUUUGGUGUGUUAUUAGUCUGCUAUUCGCUAAAUUAUGUAUGACUUUACUGCCUUUUUUACUGAUUCCGCAAAAGUUACAACAAUCAAAAAUUAAUUCUUUGAUGCAAACGGAAUCAACUUACAUAAAUCAAUAUGGUAGCUGUGAAGAUGUCAUUCUUCAUCUUUUUGCUUCUUUCAAACUUCUUGCUUAUUUUUGGUGAUGAACCUGAUUUGCUUUCACAAGAUCCAAGUUUAUGGCCUGGUCACAUGGAACCAUUUGGUUCAAAGCAAAAAACAGUCCAAGUGGAGCAAGUCAAAGAUUGGCCAGAUCCCACAUCAUUUUUCAAGGAGUAUGUGGAUGGAAAUAAGCCAGUGUUAUUCAAAGGUCUAGCAAAGCGUUCACCUGCGUACGAAUUAUUUACUGAUGACUAUCUAAAAUCAUUUGAUGGAGCAGAAACCGAGGUUGUGUAUGCAGAACCAGAGAAAAAAGAAAACAGAACAAAAAGAGGCUUCGAUAUGUCAUUCAAAGCAUUUGUUGAACGCUACCAUAAAGAAACGUUAUACAUGGUGAACGCCCUUCCGUCUGCUUUGAGAAAAGAUGUUAGGAUGCCUCCCCCGCUGAGAUGUGAAGAAACUAGAGAGUUAAUGAGCAGUCAGGUCACAUGGUUUAGCAGCGGCGGAACCAAGUCAGUUGUGCAUAACGAUGACGUAGACAACAUCAACUGUCUGUUUCGUGGUUCAAAAGAGUUAUUAUUUAUUGAAUAUAACAAAAAUAAAAAAUAUGUACCUAUCGAUAACCCCCAAGGUGGGUACUCCUCCAUUGAUGUUGAUAAAGUAGAUUACACAAUGUUUCCCUUAUUACGACACGUAGAUCAAUAUGUUCACGCCACUAUGGACGAGGGUGACUGUUUGUUUAUUCCUUACCACUGGUUCCAUCAAGUGAACUCAAAAGCAAACGAGCAGGGUCAAAAUUUGGCGGUCAACGUAUGGUUUAAACACGUACAUGGUCAUCGACCUAAAAAUUGUGAUAUCCCAGUUGAGGAGGCGACGUUAGACAAGUAUGAAUUUCCUGAUGAUGAGCAGCAAGAUGAAGAGCAACCCUCACGCGUCGAACGGUUUGAAGAAUAUCUGACGAAAACCAAAAAGAGUUCUGCUAGUUUUAAAACAUUUAUGAGGCUGGUUAAAAAAGACCGAAAUAUUAACCCUGAGAAGUAUCAAAUCGAUGGUUUUCCCGAAGAUUUUGAAUCACAUAGUAGGGAUAUAUUUGAUAUACUGGACGUUACAAAGGAUGGUAAUUUGAAUGAGGAUGAUUUUGAUGAAUUGCGAAAAAAAGACCAGAGCAAAACUCAAGGAAGUUAUUUGGAAGUGGAACAAGCUUUAGAAAAAGCAGCUGCAAAGUUGGAAGAUUACUUCGAAGAUUUAGUUGAAAAUAAAUAUCAAGAAGAUAAUUCAAUUGGGACAGACUCGAGUCAAGGGCGUGACGAAAAAAUUGAGUUAUAGAUAGAUGCAAGCUGAAUUGAUGUGAAAAGUAGAAUUUGAAUUAAAAGAUAAUUAAAAUUUGAAUUACAAACACCGUGUGUCAUGCAGGCAAGAUAAAAUAACUAUCAUUUUUAUUUAUGUCAGUUGUUUUUACAAACUCUUUUCUCUGUUUUAAUUUUCCGUUUUUUAUAUUUUUUAAAUACUGAAUAUUUAUUUUUUAAUUUUUGUAUUGCUAUUUUUUAAUUACUUGUGUCGCGCAAUUAUCUUGCAGUGUGGGAAAAUUGCGUGUGAUUUUCGAGGUAGAAUUUCUUUGUAGGUUAAAAAAUAAAAUUUCUUUACGGAGAUGGGUGUAGAUAAUUUGUUGAUGAAAUAGCUAUUGUUGUAGGA